AUGGACCACAAGAAGUCGUUCGUGGGAGACGAAGAAAGCCCAGUGACUUCGAAGGAAGCCCCCAAGAUCACCGUGUCUACGGACGAUGGUGGAGCAACAACAGUGCUCUUGACACCGGCGGCGGACCGCGCUUUAGUAUGGAAAUUUGACUUGCGCAUCUUGCCCGUAUUAGCAUGCAUGUAUCUUUUCAACAGUCUCGACAAGUCUAACCUCGGAAACGCAAAAACCGCUGGACUUGAAAAGACCCUGAGUCUCAAGGGAAAUCAGUACAACAUCAUUCUGAGCGUGUUUUUCGUUCCAUAUGUCUUGACGGCACCGUUCUUGGGAAUCAUGGGCAAGAAAUUGGGCCCUAAUCGCGUGUUGCCAGCUAUGAUGUUCUCUUUCGGAUGUUUCACCGUGAUGGUCACUGCUGUAAUGAACUUUGGUGGGUUGAUGACUAUUCGAUGGUUCUUGGGAAUGUCUGAGAGUGCAUUCUUUCCUUUGGUGAUAUAUUAUCUUACCACGUUCUACCGCCGCGACGAACUAGCCCGUCGCCUCGCCCUCUUCUACGCCGCCCAAAGCAUUGCAUCUGCCUUUUCAGGGAUCCUCGCAUUCGGCGUGUUCCAAAUAGAGACGGGCUCCCUAGCCGACUGGCGCUACCUCUUCCUCGUAGAGGGCUGUUGCACGAUCACCUUCUCAGUCUUCGCUUUCUGGUAUCUCCCGCAGUCUGCUUCGCAUGCGCACUUCCUCUCCCAGGAAGAGAAAGACUGUCAGCGUGUCUAG